GGGAACUAAAACCUUUAUGUUGCUUUGGUUUGUCCUGGCAAGUUUAUGGCACUCGACUGGUGCCCAAGAGAAUAUCGACUGGGAAAUUCAGCGUUACGACGGCUGGUACAACAACCUCAUGUACCACAGGCACAACUCAGCAGGAUCGUGGUUGUCGCGGCUCCUUCCUGCGAGCUACGCGGACGGCGUGUACCAGGCCCCCCAGGAACCAAAUGUCCCCAGUGCACGGAGACUCAGCCUUGUGGUGGCUCGAGGGGACUCUGGAUCACCCUCUCAGGAGAACAAAACCGUGCUGGGCGUCUUCUUUGGUUUCCAUGUGCUCUCGGAGAUUCUGGAAGCCGACAAGCCCGGCUGCCCUGCCGAGUUCCUAAACAUACAGAUCCCUGAAGGAGAUCCUGUGUUUGACCCUGCUAGCUCAGGUGAUGUUGUCCUGCCAUUCCAGCGAAUGCAGUGGGCUCCAGGUACAGGACAAAGCCCCAACAGGCCCCGGGAGCAGCUAAAUGGGGUGACAGGAUGGCUCGAUGGGAGUGCCGUUUAUGGCUCAUCCCAUUCCUGGAGUGAUUCUCUGAGAAGUUUCUCACGAGGGAAGCUGCUCUCCGGAGAAGAUGGUUUCCCAAGGCAGACAAAGGCAAACAGCUUAAUGUGGAAGGCUCUGGAUCCGUCCACAGGACAAAGUGGACCACAGGGACUCUUUGACUUUGGAAAUGCCAAAGGAAAUGCGGACCUCUUCCUGCAAGCAGUGAGCAUUGUCUGGUUCCGCUACCACAACAUCCUGGCAGAAAAGCUUGCCCAAGAACACCCUGGUUGGUCUGAUGAAGAUGUGUUUCAGCACGUGCGCAAGCGGGUUAUUGCCACUUACCAGAACAUUGUGCUCUAUGAAUGGCUGCCAGCCUUCGUUGGGAAUGACCCCGCCGAACCCUACGCAGGUUACAAACAACAUGUGGAUGCUAGGAUCUCGCCUGAAUUUGUAGUGACUACAGCCCUCUUUCUGGGCACCAUGGUCCCUCCUGGCGUGUACAUGAGGAACUCAAGUUGUCACUUCCGAGAAGUGAUUAACAGAGAUGACACCCGCUCCCCGGUACUCCGGUUGUGCAACAGUUAUUGGAGCAGAGAGAAUCCCAAUAUCAAAACAGAUAAGGAUGUUUCUGACCUGCUGCUGGGGAUGGCUUCUCAAAUUGCUGAGAAGGAAGACAACAUAGUGGUUGAGGAUCUCCAAGAUUACUGGUAUGGGACCCUGAAGUACUCCCGCAUGGACUUCGUAGCCAACUGGAUUCACCGUGGGCGGGACCUUGGAUUAACUACCUAUAAUAAAGCAAGGGAGUUCUUCAACCACUCUAUUGCCACCAAAUGGCAGGACAUCCACCCAAACGAAACGCUUUGCAGAGAACUUGCAGAGAUGUACGGCAAUGACACAGACCGCCUGGAACUGCUGCUUGGGGGCCUGUUGGAAGCUGACAGAAAGCUCUUCCGCAGCAUCAUUCAGGACCAGUUUCUUCGCUUACGGGAUGGAGACCGGUUCUGGUUUGAAAACACCAAGAAUGGGUUAUUCUCCUCUGACGAGAUUAAAGAAAUUAAAAGUACCACAUUCCAUGACAUCCUGGAAGCUGUCACUGAUGCAGAGUCGAAAGACAUCCAGGCAAAAGUGUUUUUCUUGCAUGAUGAUGCUCCAUGUUCUCAGCCCCAGCAAGUGACUUCACAACGGCUGCCUGUCUGCGUCAAGCUAACCGUACUGGAUUACUUCGCAGGGAGUGUGCCUGGAUUUGUGAUCACCAUCAUUGCUCUCUGUUGCUUCCCUCUAGUGAGUCUGUUUGUCGCCUGGAUCGUUGCUGCCUUUCGGAGGAGAGCGUUCAAGAAGCUGCAGAAGAAGAAGCAAAGCCCCUCGGUACAGGCAGAAAUAUCUGCAGAUUCUAUCCACGCAUUUGAAUGGCAGGACCCCAAGACAGACAGCUCUCUAGUCUACCUUCAGCUGCAGGAAGACAAGGGGAUCAAUGUUCUUGACUGCAAGUUGGCCGUGCUUCGGAGCAUCUAUCUGAAAAGCCAGCAAAAGGUGGAGACCGUCCUUUCCAACAACAAGGGCAACAAAACAUUGCUGUUGAAGAUCCCCAAAGAAUAUGACCUGGUGUUGCAAUUUGAUGGAGAGGCAGAGCGAAAGGAGUUUCUUAAUCGUCUGAAGGUCUACCUUGAAAGAAAUGGACUCUCUCUCCACAUAUCCGACAUGAAGGAACAGCAGUUGCUGAAGAAGGCUGUUACCAAGGAGCAGAGAAAGGACAUCCUAGAUAUUUUCUUCAGGCAUAUAUUUGCCCAGGUUCUAGACAUUGACAGAUUAGACGCCGGGGAGCUCAGCCUGGAAACUUCUCAGAAAGCCAAGGAAGCAUUGAAGUGUGAGCUGAGCAGGGAGGAGUUUGCAGAUGCACUGGGGCUCAAGCCCCAGUCUGUGUUUGUGGACUCCAUGUUCUCACUCGCUGACAAAGACGGCAAUGGAUACCUCUCCUUCCGGGAGUUCCUAGACAUCGUGGUGGUCUUUAUGAAAGGAUCUCCUCAAGAGAAGUCAAAACUGAUGUUCACCAUGUAUGACAUAGAUGGAAAUGGCUUUCUUUCAAAAGAAGAAUUCUUCAGGAUGUUGAGGUCUUUCAUUGAGAUCUCCAACAACUGCCUCUCGCGAGAUCAGACUGAGAAAGUCAUAGAGUCCUUGUUCAAGGAGUCAGGGUUCGAAGACAAAGAGGAGCUCACCUGGGAAGAUUUUAACUACAUGCUGCGGGACCACGACCAGGACCUCCGCUUCACUCACCUCUGCGUUAAAGGAAUUCCUGACAGAUUCAGACAAAAUGUGAACAAUCGGGUCUCCUUCAUCGACAAGGAUAGAGGCAACAACAUCAUCCUGAAUCGGGAACAGCCCCUGAUUCUGGAAGGAGUUGCGACUUCUGGGGGAAUGCCAGGGCAAGAGCUGCGGAGGAGGCCAGGAAAAAAGCUGUCCUUUCCCCAGCCAUAUCUCUACACGGAGGCACGGAGGGAGAAGUACCAGAGGAGCAAAGUUCACCAGAAAGUCCAGCAGUUCAAGCGCUUCAUUGAGAACUACCGACGCCACAUCAUCUGCGUGGUGAUAUUCUCGGCCAUCACGGCUGGGGUCUUUGUGGAGAGGGCAUACUAUUAUGGAUUUGCAUCGCCCCCCACAGGAAUUGCAGAUACCACCUUUGUGGGCAUCCUCAUCUCUCGGGGAGCGGGUGCCAGCAUCUCCUUCAUGUACUCAUUUAUCCUGCUCACCAUGUGUCGAAACCUCAUCACUUUCCUGCGGGAGACCUUUUUCAAUCGCUACAUCCCUUUCGAUUCUGCCGUGGACUUCCACCGCUGGAUUGCAACCGGAGCCCUGAUCUUUUCAGUUCUGCAUACCCUGGGCCAUAUUGUGAAUGUCUACAUCUUCUCAGUCACCCCUCUCAGCGUCCUGUCCUGCCUCUUCUCCAACACCUUUACAAACGAUGGGUCACAGUUUCCUCGCAAAUAUUAUUGGUGGUUUUUUGAGACCGUCCCAGGCAUGACUGGGGUGCUGCUUCUAGUUGUCCUCGCCAUUAUGUAUGUCUUUGCAACUCACUAUUUCCGGCGAAUCAGCUUCCAAGGGUUCUGGAUCACUCACCAUCUCUAUGUGGUCCUCUAUAUCCUGGUUAUCAUCCACGGCAGCUACGCUCUGAUCCAGCAGCCCCGCUUCCACAUUUAUUUCAUUGUCCCAGCCCUUAUCUAUGGGGCAGACAAACUCAUCAGCCUGAGCAGGAAGAAGGUGGAAAUUGCUGUUGUGAAGGCUGAACUUCUCCCAUCAGGAGUCACUCGCCUCCAGUUCCAGAGGCCCCAGGACUUUGACUACAGGUCUGGGCAAUGGGUGCGGAUUGCCUGCUUAUCUCUGGGGACCACUGAGUACCACCCCUUCACACUGACCUCUGCCCCCCAUGAGGACACAUUGAGCCUGCACAUUCGAGCAGCUGGGCCUUGGACAACUCGGCUGCGGGAGCUUUACUCCCCGGAAAGCGUAGCAGAAAUUGGCAAAUAUCCCAAGCUCUACCUGGAUGGACCUUUUGGAGAGGGGCACCAGGAAUGGAACAAGUUUGAAGUGUCUGUGCUGGUGGGAGGAGGCAUCGGGGUGACGCCCUUUGCUUCCAUCCUCAAAGAUCUCGUCUUCAAGUCAUCAGUUGGGUCCAGGAUCUUGUGCAAGAAGAUCUAUUUCAUUUGGGUGACGCGGACUCAGCGGCAGUUUGAGUGGAUGGCCGAUAUCAUCCGAGAGGUGGAGGAGAACGAUCAGUGCGAUCUGGUCUCCGUGCACAUCUACAUCACACAGCUGGCGGAGAAGUUUGACCUGCGCACCACCAUGCUGUACAUCUGUGAGCGGCACUUCCAGAAGGUCCUCAACCAGAGCUUGUUCACCGGCCUGCGCUCUGUCACCCACUUUGGGCGACCGCCGUUUGUCCCUUUCUUCUGCUCACUGCAAGAGGUCCAUCCUGAGGUGAGGAAGAUUGGUGUGUUCAGCUGUGGCCCUCCAGGCAUGACCAAGAAUGUGGAGAAAGCAUGUCAGAAGAUCAACAAGCGCGACCAAGCCCAUUUUGUCCAUCACUAUGAGAACUUUUAGCCCUUUAGCAAACUCUGCUGUGCUUCCAGGGGUGGAUGCCCAUGUCCCCAACCAGCUGUCUUCUUUCCAGUGUACAUUGCUGGACAGUGGUUUACACUGGAUUCUUACUUUUAGCACCAUGAGGACAGCUGUACUUUUUAUCCCCGUGUAGAAUUUUAAUGCCUCUGAUGCCUGAGAAGUUACUGCUGCGUGGACUGGAAACAUAGCUCUAGCGCUCACUUGUUUGUGUGUAGAUGGAAAGUGAUGUGACAUCCUAUUCAUGGAGCAUUAGUGCAAUAGUAAACCAGUGUGAAAUUGGUUUAAGGGUCGAAUUUAUUUUAAUGUUGCCAACAUUUUUAAGUGUACAUAAUUUCCCCCCAUAUAUUCAAUAAACAUUUUCCAAUCUUC